AUGUAAUAUAUCAAAAUUUCUAACUAAUUUACAAUACUGACUGUUUGUAUUUCUAUUCUUCUUAGCCUACCAAAGCUAUAAUGUUGCCCAUAUAGUGAAUAUGAAGAUGCUUUGCUACCCAUUAAAUCAUAAUAUGCUAUCUAUAAUUUGAAUUUGAAUGAAAAAGAUUCAUUUGAAUUUGGUUUUUGGAGUCUCUGUGUUCCAUAACAGACUUUUAAAAAUAUACCUACGAUUGACUAAGAAUAUAAUAAAAAAUAAUCUGAAGAUGGAUAACUUUUAUUUUUAGUAAAGGGAAAUUGUGGUUAUUCAGUAAAAGGAAUAGUUUUAAUGUCUUUAGAACCUAUAGGAGUUUAUCAUAAAAUAAUAAUUAAAGAAAGUGAAGCAAAAGUUACUGAAUUAUAUUUUUUUUAUGAUUCCAUAAUUUAUGAAGGAAAAUGGAUUUUAAAUAUUUUUACUUUGAAUUUUAUUGAUGAGAAAAUCUAUGUUGAAAUGAGCAAUCAAUUAAUAUAAAGUAGUAGAAUAGGUAGCCAUGAUAUGUAUUAAUCUAUUAUUUAAGGAGGAAGAGGAUUGGUAUAAAAUUUAUAUAAAUUGUAUAUAGAUUGAGAAUUUAAACUUAAACAUAUUUAGAGGAAGAUUAUCUAAGAUUUUAAUCAGAUAGAUUUAAUUUUAAGUUGAACCAUUAUUAUAAUAUAUGAAUGAUAAUUGUUAAGUGCCUCGUCCAUUAAAAGAAGAGUAAACAAUUUAUUUGGUUAAAGGAUUAUUAGUAUUUGAAGGUGAUAAAUCUCUCAAUUAUAUAAUUAAUUAAUUUGGUACCAGAUAUUGUUUAUCUGGAUGGAUUAAAUAUGAUGCAUCAAGAGUGAUAGAAAAAUCAAUCUAUCCACUUAUUAGAAUAAGUCUUUUUAAAAAUUACUUUUAAUAAACCUAUUUUGGUGAUGAACUCUUUUCUUUAAAAGCUCAUUUUGAUAGAUUAGAACCUAAAUUAAGUAAAAUUGAAGUUUGGUAUGAUUUUCAUCUCAUACCUAUAAUGGGAGAACUUAUUAAUUAUACUCUUAAUUCAAUGUUAAUAGAAUUUGAAGAUGAAUUUUCUAAUCACUAUUUUGAAGGAUUACAAUAAUGGCAUUAUCUACACUAUGAAUAAGGAACAGCAUAAUAUACUAAUUUAUUAUAUAUACAAUUUUUUAAUGAAAUUUAACUUGUAACAAACUAGUUUAUUUUACAUUCAACUAGUAACUCACCUUUUUAUCUUUAUUUGGGAACAGAUGAAUAUUUUAUUGAUUUACUUUAAGCAUCUUUAUAUGAUUUUAAAUUUGAAUAUAAUUAUUUGAGUGACAAAUAAUUCUUUUUUAAUGGUAUAAAAAUUAUUUAAUAAUAGUUUGCCAUUAUACUUGUUAAACUUGUGAUGGACCACUAGAAAAUAAUUGUCUAAAUUGUGAAACUAAUACUAAUAGACAUUAUUUAUCAGAAUUAAAAAAAUGCUAAUGUAAUUAUGGAUUUCUAGAUAUUACAGAUUAGAAAAUUUGUAUAGCAUUUGAAUUUGAGUAUUCUUCUGUUGAAUAAUAAGAAGGAUAUCAUAUUAGUGAUUCAUAUUGUGAAUUUGGAUACUUUCACUAUCCUAAAGAAAGUGAUUAAUUUUAAUGUGUAAAAUGGUAUUUAUUCAUUUAAAUCAAGUCCAUAAUCUAAUUUUUAAAACAUACUAUGUAUUGAUUGUAUUUAUUAUCCAUUAACUUGGUAUUUAAAACCAAUUUGUAAAUAUGAUUUAAACUCAGAAAAAUUAAGUCCAGAUGAUGCUUACAAAUAUGAAUAAAGAGAUUAAUUUAAUUAUGAUUUUUAUCUUAUAAACUAAGAUAAGUAAAUCUAACUAAAUCCCGGUUUCAUGGAUUUUUGUGAUAUCGAAUCAGACACGAAUUGCUUUAAAGCAAAAUAUCAACAUUUAGGUAAAGAUCUUUAUGUAAGAUGUAAACCUAAUUAUUUCUCUGAAAAUGGUGAUUGUUUUUUAACAAAUAUAAAUUGUUUAUAAGCAUCAUCUACAGGAAAUUGCUUAAAAACAAAAAUUGGAAUGUAUUAACGUGAUGGAUAUUUUUAUUAAUGUCCAUUAACUUGUUUGAAAUGUGAAAAUUUUCACGACUCAAAUACUUUAUAAUGUUAAUCUUGUAUAGAUGGUUAUGCUCUUGAUAAUGGAAAUUGUGUUUCUUGUGGAAAUUUCUGUAGUUUUUGCCAAAAGUUUUAUGAUGAGAACAUAGGUAAAGAUUAUUUAAAAUGUUACAAAUGUUUAGAUGAUUCAAAAUACUUUUUAUCUUUUGAUGGUGUAAAUUGCUUUAAAAAUGACAUUUUAUAUUGUUAAUAUGCAUUUUAGGCGUAGUCAAAUGAUUUAUAAAUAAACACAUUAGAUUUGUAUUUUACUCCAAGAAAUGAUUGGCAUAAUAUAAUUACAGUAUGUGGAAGAUGUUAACAUAGUUAUGUUCUAAUAAUGGAAACUAAUAGUUGUUUAUUAUAAGCUGAUGAAUAAUGCUUUUUUUCAUAUGCAGAACGCUUUAACAAUUCUACUAAUAUAGAUAUAUAUAUCAUGAUAGAAAUGCUUAUGAGUGAGCAAUAUGUUAAAGAAAUUCAAGGUGAAUUGAUAUCUGUUGCAUUUAAUCCAAUAGACUUUAAUCUCUAUGUUACAUCAAUACAAUAUUGUUUGAUUCGCAAAGAAUAUGAUAUAAAAGAUAGAUUUAAAAUUGUUCAAUUUAAUCGACAAUGCCCAAUAUAUGUAGAAAAUUGUGAAACUUGUUUAAGAUAGGAAAUAGGACUAACAGGAAUAAUUCAUGUAUGUCUAUUAUGUAAACAGGGAUAUUAUGCUGAUAGAUUAUCAGGUAAAUGUUUUCUAUGUCCAACUUAAUUAAAUUGUUAAUAUUGUAUUUAGCGACAAAAAUUGUCAAAAGAUUUUUGGAAGUUGAAUAUUAGAGCUUUUUAUUAAUUUUUUAUUAAUUCAAAUAAUGAUCAUUCUUUUAAAGCCUUUGCUUAAAGUGAAAAUAAGAAUGACUAUGAAAUUAUUUGCACUUUUUGUAUUAAAGGAUAUGAAAUUUUUAAUGAUAAUUGUAUAAAGUAAUGCCCUGAAUCAUGUUUAGAAUGUAAAUAUUUGAAUGGCUAAAAUUAAUGUAUUAAAUGCUAUCUAGAAUUCUAAGGUAGAAAAUUGAGUUUAUCUGAAAAUUAAUGUAUUGAAUGUCCUUAAAAUUGUGCUUUGUGUAGGAUUAGAUCAAAACAAGAAAUUUUAUCAAUUAAUCCUCUAUUUAAUAAUGAUAAAUAUAUUACAAAUACAUAUUAAUGUUUAAAAAGUUUUGAUGAUUAAGAAUAUUUUUUUGAUUAACAGCUAGGAAGUUUCAUUAAUUGUAUUCAAUUUAAAAACUGUGUAAAAUAAUAUCUUAUCCCAAUUAAUUUAUAUUGUUCCUUAGAAGAUUUUCAAAUCUCUUUAAAUGCUUUGUAAAAUUCUUAUGAAAAAUCUUAGUUUAAAAUUAAAAAUAUAUUUUUAGAUGAUCUUAUUUCUGGAUCUAGUUUUAAAGAAGUAAUUAUAAUACAUAUUAUUAAUAUAGUUUGAAAAUGAUGAAUUUUAUUCCUAGGCCAAUUCUAAUUUAAUUAAGACAAUCAUUCUUAAUAUUGUAAGUAUUAAACCGUAAAUAUGCAAAAUUAAAGGUUAAGCUACAAUUAAAUAAAAUUUUAGUCAGAAUAUUUUUUCCAAUAUGUAUCUUAUUAAUUUUUAUUUUCUAGAAAUGUAGAAUUAUCAAUAAAUUUCAAUGAAAAUACUAUUAUUGAAUAUGAAAGAACAAUAACCUUUUUGAAUUUUAAUAAAAUAACAAUUUUUGGAGGAAAAUUCUAACCUAUUGAAAACGAUCAUCUAAAAUAAUUAAUAUUUUCUAGUGUCUUUUUUCAAAUGAUUACUUUAGACACUAUUAUAUAUUAAUAAAUCUCAUUUGAAAAUGAUAAGUCUCAAAUAAUUUUUAAUAACGUUAAGGAAUUAAACCUCAUAAAUCUAUAAAUCAUUAAUCUCACAUAAAAUAAUACUGAAAAUUUCAUAUUAAUUACAGAUACCUCUUACACUAAAAAAAUCAAACUUUAAAUUAUUGAAAUUAUGAAUUCUACCCUUAAAAAUCAAAAAACAUUAUUUUUCAAUAUAAAUUAAUAAGAUAUAAUUGAAAUCAAUGAUUUAUUUGUUAAGGGAAAAUUUUAGAAUACUACCUUAAUAGAAACUAAUCCAUGGAAGAAUUUAGGAAAUUUUUUUAUAAAUAAUAUGAAGGCAAAAGUAGAUUUAGUAAAUUGUGAACCCUUCUUAAAUUUAGUCUAUUUUAAUGAUAUUAGAAUAAUGGGAAUUUUAUUUGAGCAUUCUUUAAUCGAUAACUCAACACUUAUUAUAAUAAACAAUAAUAAUAAUCUAAGUAAUUUGACAUUGAAAGAUUCGAAAUUUGGAGAAUUUACUUAAGGGAUCAUAAAUUCUAAUCAAUUAUUUGAUGAAGAUUUUUCAAUAGAAUUCUAUAAUAGUGUAAUAGAAAAUAUUGAAUAUCAUUACACAGCCAAAUUUAUAAAUUUUAAUAAAUAUAAUAAUAGAAAUACUAGUAUUAUAAUUAAUAAUUUAAUUAUUUAAAAUAAUUAUAUGACAUAAACUUAGUUGGGUUUAAAUUUUAAUGGUUUAAACAUUUGUCUCAUUUAUAUUUAAUUAGAUUUUGUUGAAAUAUCGAUGUUAAAUAUUUAUAGAGGUUUUGGAUUAAAAAUUAUAAGUAUACAUAAUGCAAAAUUCUUAAGAAUAACAUCUAGUUUUAUAACUUAAAGUGACGAGUUUAAAUUUCUUGGCCUUCAUUAAUAUGUUGAUUGUCAAAUCUAAGAGGUAAAAGGAGACUACUAUUUAUAAUCUUUAUUUCUUACAUCUGUAGACAAUUUAUAGAUUAUUGAUAUGCAAAUAAAAUCUGUUUAAUCAUACAAUUCUCCAAUUAUAUACUACAAAUCUUCUGAUACUAUAACAUAAUAAUAGUUAAUAACAAUUCAUUUAAGUAAUUUUUUUGUUGAAUCAAAUUUGUUACUAUUAACAAAUCAAACAUAUUUCACAGCCAUCAUUUUUAUAGAAUCUAUUCAAUAAACUAUAUUAAAAGUUUCAAAUAUAACAUUUAUUGGAAAUAUUUUACAUGAAUAUGUUUAGAACAAUCUAUAAAUAUCUUCAUUGUUGUUGAAUUUCAAUUGUAUUUUAGGAGUUAUUACAAUUACAGAUUCUUUUUUUUCCAAGAAUACUCUUUAUAACAGCACUGAUAAUAUCAUUUAUAUUAAAAGUCAACAAUUAAAAUUACUAAAUUCUAAAUUUUACUAAAAUAGUUAUUUCAAUUAUUAAGUAAUGUAACCAGUUUUAUUCUGGGGAUUUAAAGAUUCUGAAAAAUUAUCAUAUUAAGAGAUUAACAAUAUCUUUUAGGUAAAAUCCAAAUCUGGAAUUGGUUAAUUUUUGAUAGAAAAGCUUGACAUUAAGUUUUGUUAUUUUGAAUAAUCUGUAGGAUUAUAAGGAGGAUCAUUAUAUAUAGAGGCUUAAAAAAAUAGUAUAAUUACUAUUUCAUAGAGUUAAUUCAAGAAUAUAUCAACUACUUUUUCCAAAGAUUUAGGAUUUGGAGGAUCAAUAUAUUUAGAUGGUUCAACAUCAGAUUCUCUUUAAUUAACUAUCAAUAAUCUGAUUAUUAAUGAUAUCAUGGCUAAAGAAUAUGGAGGAUUCUUAUACUUAAAAUCAGAUUCUCCAAUAAUUUCAAUUUCUGUCUAUCAAUUAGAUAUUUAAAAUAUCUAUUCUAAACUGGGAUCUUUUAUUUAUAUUGUUUUUUCUACAAUUUCAUAUACUAUAUAAGAAGUUAAAAUAGAUUCUAUUUUUAUUAAAAAUGAAAAAGAUAAAUUUUCAAAUUAUUUAAAUUAAUAUACUUAACUAUCAAAUUUAGAUGAAAUAACUUUAAUAAAUAAUCGAGCUUUAUUUUAUUUCGAUUCAGUUAUUAAUCUUUACUUUGAGAAUAUUCAAAUUAAUUCUAUUCUUUUAGAAUCUGCAAUAAUUAUUAAAAAUGCUUAAAUAGUUUCACUCAACAAUUUUAAAGUUAUAAAUAGUCUAAUUAAUUAUUGUUUAUUUUAAUUACAUCCAAAUUUAUGUAUAAAUAUUUAUUUAUUUUAGAUGAAUCAAAUUAAAUAUAAAUAACUAAUGUAUAGGUAUAUAACAUAACAAUAACAAAGGAAUUUAAUAGUUAUAAUUGUGAGUAAUAAUAAACAAUAGAUUACACUAUAUACUUUUAAUGUAUACAUAAUGAUUAAAGUAAAAAAGCACCAUUAAAUUUGAAAUUUUAUUAAAAAGAUUUACAGUUUUCAUAUGGAGAUUGUAUUUUAUCUUAAAUUCAAUAAUAACUCUAAUAAGGAAAAAAUUAAAUAAUAGAUAAUAAUAAUUCUGGAUUAUUCUUAUUUUUAGAUCUUACAUAAUUAACUUAAAUCAAAUUGAAUAAUUUAAUAUUUUAAUAGAUUAAUUGCAAAUCUUGUAUGGAUGGUUUAAUAUUUUAUUCUUUUAAGAAAGUUGAGGAUCUUAUAUUAAAAUAAUAUGUUUCUAACUUGAAAGUAUCUAAUUCAUCAUGUGGAGAUUUUGGUUGUUUUUAAAUUAAAAAAGAAAAUGCAGCACAAUAUAGAUUUUUAAUGAAAUAGGAAAUAAAUGUUGAAAAAUUAAAUUUAGAAGUCAUCAUUGAUAAUUAUAUUUGUCUAUUUAAUAAUGCUAAGAAUGGUACAUGUUUAUAUUUAGAUAAUAUAAAAGUUUUAAUAUCAAAUUCUAUUUUUAAAUAUAAUAAUGCAUCUGAAGUAGGUGGAGCAAUAUUUGUUAAAAUGAAGAAAAAUGUUUUAAUCAGAAAUAGUGUGAUAUCAAAUAAUACAGCAUUAAUAGGUGGAGGAAUUUAUUUAAUUGAUUAAUAAGAUAUGGAUUAUUUAAAUCUCGAAACUUAUAUUAAUAAUAAUUAAGCAGAGUUUUUUGGAAACAAUGUAAUGUCUGUUCCUCAAUAAAUGACUAUUACCUUUUAAGAUGAAAAUUCAAAGUUUCCAACAAUUUAAAUUUAAAAAAAAUAAGAUUUAUUAAUUUAAUAGGUUGUAAUAUAAUUGAAUGGUUCUAUUUAGAAUUAUUUCUUCUUACCCAGUGGUUAAAAGAUUUCACUUUUUAAAAAAUUUUCAAUAACAAAUCGUACAUACUCUUUAUAAAAUUAAAAAUUUCGUUUAAUUGCUUUGAGUAAAGAUAAUAGUAUUAUAAAGAAUCUUAAUAAAUCAUUUUGUUAUAUUGAUAGCAGAAUAUUAAAUAUUUCAGAAUAUGAUGAUGAAAAAUAUGAAUUUAGUUAAGACUUUACUAAUAUUGAUGUUGUUAAUUUUAAUGAAUAAACAUAAGAUUAUAAUUUAGAUGAUUUAAUUGUAUAUUUUGAUAAUGAAUUACCUUCUGAUAUUGUAUUAUAAUUGUAGUUUAGAUGCAAUUCCAUCUUUGUACCUAAUUAUAAUGAAUAAUAUCCAUAUAAUUUGUAAAGCACACAUUCUAAUUAUAAAUUAAGAAUUUAAAUUAAAACAUUGCUUUGUUAAUAUGGAGAAAUUAAAAAUUAUACAGAUUUUUCUUGUAUUCCAUGUGAUAGUAAUUAAGGUCUUUAUUCAUUAACUCUAAAUUAAUAAAAAUGUGAAUUAAAAGAUGAAAUUUCGACUAUAAGUGUAAAAUCAGCGUUAUUAAAUUUAAAAUAAGGUUAUUGGAGACCAUAUUUUGAGAGUAAUUUAAUAAGUUAUUGUUUAAACUUACCUGGAAAUUGUUUAGGUGGUUGGAUAGAAGGUCAUGAAUCAUGUUUUUUAGGACAUAUUGGAGCACUAUGUGAAUAAUGCGAUUUAUAUAAUAUAAGAGGUGCUGGAUAAUAUUCUAUUAGUAAGAAAUUUACUUGUGGAUUAUGCACAGAAAAUUAUCAAAAUAUAGUGAUCAUUACUUUAGUUAGUAUUUGGUAAAUAUUUAUUAUAAUAAUUUUAGGACUCUUGUUUCAAUUUUUAUAUCAGUUUAAAGUACAUUGAUAGCUAUUAAAGAAUUUUUUAGGAAUUUUUGCUUAUCUAGUAUGGGAUUAGCGGUAUCUUAAAAUAGAAAUCAAUCAGCAAUAUUAAUUAAAAUGCUUACAAAUUAUUUAUAAAUAAUUGGCUCCCUUGCUACGUUUUAAUUAUAACUUCCUAAUGGAUUCGAAGAUACAUUUACUGCUAUGGGAUCUCCUAUUUAAGCUAUGACUUAUUCUUUAGAUUGUUUUCUAUCUGAUGCUUUUCACAUAGAAAUUUAAUAUGCUAGAAUAAUUUGGUAAAUUAUAAUGCCGUCAAUUUAUAUUACAUUUUUCUUUCAUUGGUACAUGAUUUUAAUUUUUUAGAAACGAACAACUUUUAAUAAAUGCGUUAUUACAACUACUUUUAUUUAUAUGUACAUUUAUUUACAACCAAGUAUUAUAGGAGGGUUGGUGUAAUUAAUAUCAUAUAGAUAAAUUUCAGGAUAUAAAUGGAUUUAAUCAAAUGUUUCUUCAAGAUAUGAUACUAAUCUGCAUGGGUAAUGGAUGAUAAGACUUUGUCUACCCUUACUUUUGAUAUUUGCAAUUUUUAUUCCUGUUUUUUUCUUUUAUAAGCUUUUUCGUAAUUCCGCAAAUUUAAAUUAAAAAAAUGUUAGGCUUUAAUUUGGUUAUCUUUAUAAUGAAUAUACUGGAAGUGCAUAUUUCUGGGAAGUAAUCAAAAUAGCUUAAAAAGAGCUCAUAAUCAUUUUCUUAGCCUAUUUUGAAGAUUUUAUAGUAAUCAAAGCAACUAUUAUUUUGCUCAUUACAGGAUUAUAUUUAGAAUUAAAUUAAAAAUAUAAACCCUAUAAACUUAAAGCUUUGAAUCUAUUAGAUUAGUAUUCUACAAAUGUUUGUUUAGCUUCUAUAGUAUUAGCUAUUGGUUUAUAUGUUGCAUAAUAAUCAAAUUCCAUUGAAGUUUAAAUUCCUUAUUAAAUCAUAAUUAUAGUACUUAAUCUUCAUAUCAUUUAUUUAUUAAUUUCUAAAAUUAUAGUAGAAUAUUUAAAUGAAAAAACCUCUAAUUAUUAGGAUACACUUGAUCAAUUAAGAUUUGCUAUUAGAAAACUAUUCCCAUAAUUAACUAAAAUAAGAUUUCUAAGAAGAAUAUUAGCUGAUAGGAAAUAGAAAAAAAUUAGAAUUACAAUCCGCUAUCUAAAAUUGAAAAAUUUCUUAAUCCCAUAAGCUAAAGAAAUUUUAAUUUUAAAAAGAUAAUCAAAUCAGAUUACUAUUGAAAGAAACUUAGAUUCUAAUGCUAAUACUCAACAUUUAAGUCUAAGAAGUCCUAAUUUAUAUAGAGAAGGACAAUAACUUAUAAGAAAUCCUAAUUUGGAUAAUUCUUUGAACAUAUCAAAAGCAAAAUCUUAUGUAUUUGAAACAUAGUAAAUAUUUGAAUUAUUUAAUUAUAGGAAAUAAGAUUAAAUCCAUUAGGCUAUUACCUUAGAUGGUAACUAAUAAAGCAAGUUAGUUAUUGAUCCAAUAUCUUUAUAGAAAAAAUAUAAUAAAAGUAUUCAAGAAGGAUGA